AUCUGUAGAUGUUAUAUCUGUCUAUCUUUCUGUAUAUUUCUGUGUAUAUUUCUGUGUAUAUUUCUUGUCAAAUUAUGACUAGGCCAAAAUUCAGGCCCUGUCCAUCUUGCCAGACUCCCAAUCAGGCAAGCAGGAAAAUGUGUCAUGUCUGCUUUGAAAGUCUGUCCACUAAUCAAAAAAUAAAAGACAAAGUGGUGUCACUGGAUAGACAGUGGGGACAGUCUGUCAUGAAAAGCAGAAAUGCUGGGCAUAUAAUUGAUUCUGCCCGUAUUGCGGUGCGGAAACUUGAGGCAGUGGGUUACAAGCCUAUUUUAUUUAUUGGCAAACAAGAUAAAACGAAUUCAAAUAGAUGGGUUGCAGACAUAAUCACCCAUCUGCUCCCCACUCCUGUCACAAAAAUUUUUUUAAAUAAGAUGAGGACAGCAUAUGAAUUUAUCUUGACUAAGGCAACCUCUACAGCACAGCAGCUGGACAAUGACAUCCCGAUAACAAAGCAGCACAAAAGCCCCAGUCAGGAGCAGUGCAACAGUUCCAUUUUGGAGUCGGAGAGCCUCACGGUGGAGCAGUCGGAGAGCCUCACUGUGGAGCAAUCGGAGAGCCUCACGGUGAAGCAGUCGGAGAGCCUCACGGUGGAGCAGUCGGAGAGCAUCAAGGUGGAGCAGUUGGAGAGCCUUACGGUGGAGCAGCCGGGGAGCCUCACCGUGGAGCAGUCGGAGAGCCUCACCGUGGAGCAGUCGGAGAGCCUCACCGUGGAGCCGCCGGAGAGCCUCACCGUGGCGCAGCCGGAAAGCCUUACAAAGAAGACCGAGACUCUAUAUACACUUAACCUUGUUUCUCACUCUUCCCCAUGUUCUCCAAAUUCACUCUCUCCUAGCUCCUCUACUACUUCCUCAGUUGUUCUAACUUCACACUCUUUUUCUCCUCCACCUUCACUUCCAUGUUCUAGGUCUUUGCAACAGAGAAGGAAAAGGACAAAAACCUUAAUCGGUUCACUGCCACCUUCUGCCACCACUGUCUCUCCUCCAUCGUUUAUCACCACAGAUCUCUCCAUUCCACAGUCUUGUUCUCCAACUGCUCCAUUUUCCACCUCCCAGUCAUUGAGUCAGGAGGGGCCAUAUGUGAAGAAGGGAAGAAAAGGUUGCCGAAAAAUGUAGUAGGCAGAAGAUCUUCCUAUUUGAUAAAAUAACCGGAAAAAGAACAAAUGAGGGAAAAGCAGAAUUGAAAGUCCACUGGUUGCCUUGCACUGUGUGUGGCAAAACUUGGGAUGACACCUGGGAGCCUGCCAGCGAGUUCCAGCAUUUUUUGCCCGAGUCUCCAAAUACCAACCAGCUUUCAGAAUUAAAUUUUGAGGGUUUUGUCAUUGUUGUUCUUGUUGUUGUUUGUUAUUGCUGUAAUUCAUUAAAGUUUUU